UAUGAUUACCACAUUACAAACUGCCGAUGGAUCAAGGCGUCAAAGUGUCUUUAUAACAGAUUACAAUAACCGCUCUGACGUAUGCGUUGAUCAGAAAGGAGACAGAAAAUACUGCGAUAAUCAUAUAUGUACCCCACUUUGUGAUCAUCAUUCCAAUUGUCAACCAAAGUGUUAUCAUUUCAUUCCAUUAAGAGCCGAUAAAUAUUACCUUGGAGAAGAUGGAGUUCCUCAUAGAAGGUCACCGUCAAUUCUAUCAAGAGUCAAAGAGUUCAGCGGUUUAAUAUUCAUUGUUAUUGUUAUUACAAUAAUAGCUGCUUUAAUGACUACUCAGAAAACUGAGAAGGAUUUAUCAAUGGAAAGUAACUAUACUCUAACUAAUUAUACAAACUCGUCGACGUCUAUUUAA